CCUAUCAGUAGUGAGUUAUUAUCCUCUGGUGCCCCCUAGUGGUCGACAUGGGCAGCACCACCUUCUGUCGAGGUGGAAGGUCACAACAGAAAACAUGGCGGCUUCCAGGACCGCACCUGUAGUGCUGAAGGCUGUGAAAAAAAUAGCGAUUAACUUUUGUCCAUUUGAAUCCAAUGUCAGGUCCACACGGGAGUUUCUGGCCUUGGUGGGCUCAGAGAAGGCCAGGGGCCUAUUUCAAGAAUGCGGUUUUGUCGAAACUCAGUUCACCCUUUUGCUUCUUGUACUCCUUAUACAGGAUAAGUCAAGGAUAACAAGUGAUUGUGGCUUUAUGAGUCAUCUCACUGUGUCAUUUUCUUUCUCUGAUACAGUAGAUGGAGACAGACUGGUGAUGAAGGGUGCAAAUCUGACCAGUCGGGAGAUGCUGAGUGCAUUUCAGUCACGCUGCAUAGACAAGGACCCACAGACAAAAGCUGCAAUGAAGAAGUGAUCAUUGCUUGUUGAAUAUAUCUGUAUUUAUCUGUGUAUAUUGUUGGAUCUCUGUAAUAAAAGAAUUUCAUUAAA